AUGUUUCUCAUUUCUUUGUUGUUUGUAGCAUUUGCUGCUUUAAGUUACUUUGCUUUUGGUGAAGAAACUCAAGGGGUUAUCACUACCAAUCUUGGACCAGGCAUGAUAAGUGCUUUAGUGCAGUUGGGUCUUGGCAUCAACUUGUUCUUUACUUUCCCAUUGAUGAUGAAUCCAGUGAACAAGUUGGUAGAGAGACGGUUGUGGAAUUUUAAGUACUGUUUGUGGUUAAGGUGGUUGUUGGUGUUGGCGGUAAGUUUGGUGGCAAUUUUUGUGCCUAACUUUGCAGAUUUUUUAUCACUUAUUGGUAGUAGCGUCUGUGUUAUUCUUAGCUUUGUGUUGCCAGCUACGUUUCACUAUUUGGUUUUCAAAGAAGAGAUAGAUUGGAGGUGUCUGGUUUGUGAUGGGGCAAUUGUGGUUUUUGGGUUGGUUAUUGCAAUUACAGGAACCUGGUCUUUGUUAUCACUACAAUUAAGAGUAAGAAGUUGA